UAAAGGUGGAUUAUCAUCUUCCUCUAACGAAAAGAGUUUCAAGUGGACAGCGGCUAGGUUAUAGUUUUAUGUACAUAUUUAGGUGUCUAAAAAGAUGGAUUUUCUUCGAAGAAUGAGAGAAAAAUUAAGGUUUAAUCAAUGUGACGAUACCCAACUUAAAAAUGGAUUCGACCGUUUUAUGAAAGCAUAUACUGAUGUCAAGGACAAACUGCAGCAAUCUGGAUUUGGAGUCGACCCAGAGAAAGAUGAAACUCUAAAUGAUGGUUGGAUUCUCAAGAAAUGUCCAUACUUCCACAUUCUAGACGAAAUAAUGGGAUCGCGACCGAAUAUUCAACCUCCACACAUUGAACAGUCAUCUGCAUUUGGAGAAAUUGGUGGCUCUGAAAUUGUGGAUGAAGAUUUAUUUGACCCAAUGUCCCUACCGAUGUCGCGACCGGUUGAUUUCGUUAUUGAUGUAAAGUUAAUGCGGGAAUUUAAUACGACCAUAAUUUUUUGGUAGAUAAAUAGAUAUUUAUUUUUUACUCUUCUAUAUGGAGUCGGGUGAAGACAAUCCAUCUGAUAUCAACGUUGACCUAACGGCUACUGAAGGAGAAAAUUCAAUUGAACCUGGGGAGCCUGCAGAUGGUAACUCAGAAGUGAAACGUCUUGUGAAGUCAACCCUUUCAGGGCUUGGUGUCAAGAAGGCGCAAAAGCCAAAAACAGCCGUGGGAGUUUUUUCAAGUAUCAUGGAGUUACGACUACAAGACCAGAAGGAAGUUGAAGUGAAACGUAUCAAGUUGGAAGAGGAAAAAUUUAAUUACACAAGGCUCCUCGAUGAUAAAAAGUUGGACUUAAAUCGUGAGAGGGCUGAACGAGAGUUGACGCUGCAGGAAAAAAGGCAUGAGCUGGAUCGAGAAAUGAAAUUAAAGGAAUUACAACUAGUUGAGGAUCAACAUAAGCACGAGCUCCUAAAAAUUGAGAAGCAAGGCGAAAUCGAUAUUCGUAAAUUAGAAAUGCAAAUAGAACUGCAGAAGCUCAAAAAUCAGUCUCAAUAA